CGGGGCCUCUAGGGCGGAGCGGCCACCAUCUUGGAACGGGAGGCGGAGCAGAGCUGACUGGGAGCGACCGAGCGGGCCGCCGCCGCCGCCAUGAACCCCGAAUAUGACUACCUGUUUAAGCUACUUUUGAUUGGUGACUCGGGCGUGGGCAAGUCAUGCCUGCUCCUGCGGUUUGCUGAUGACACAUACACAGAGAGCUACAUCAGCACCAUUGGAGUGGACUUCAAGAUCCGAACCAUUGAGCUGGAUGGCAAAACCAUCAAACUUCAGAUUUGGGACACGGCCGGUCAGGAACGAUUCCGGACCAUCACUUCCAGCUACUAUCGGGGGGCUCAUGGCAUCAUCGUGGUGUAUGACGUCACUGACCAGGAAUCCUAUGCCAACGUGAAGCAGUGGCUGCAGGAGAUUGACCGCUAUGCCAGUGAGAAUGUCAAUAAACUCCUCGUGGGCAACAAGAGUGACCUCACCACCAAAAAGGUGGUGGACAACACCACAGCUAAGGAGUUUGCAGACUCCCUGGGCAUCCCCUUCCUGGAGACAAGUGCCAAGAAUGCCACCAAUGUGGAGCAGGCGUUCAUGACCAUGGCUGCUGAGAUCAAAAAGCGGAUGGGGCCAGGCGCAGCCUCAGGGGGCGAACGGCCCAACCUCAAGAUUGACAGCACCCCUGUGAAGCCAGCUGGUGGUGGCUGUUGCUAGGAGGGGCACUUGGGGUAGAACAGGAAGGGGCACCUUCUCCAGAUGAUGCCCCUGGAGGGAGCAAGAGGUGCCUCCCUCUGCCUCUCCAGGGGCACUUGAGUCUGUGGCUUUGGGGUGUCCUGGGCUCCCCACCUCCCUCUGGCCCAUCUGCCUGCUGCCCUGAGCCCCAGUUCUGUCAGGGCCCCCAAGGGAGUUCAUGCAGGACCUGUGACUUGGGUGGGGGUGGGGGGCUGCUCUGCUGCUGCCUCUAGGUACCUUGAAAAGAUGCCCCACCAUGCACCUUCCUUUGGAACGAAGGCUCUGUCUCCCCACCCCCAUGUAUGCUGCACUGGGUUUCUCUUCUCUUCCUUCUCUCCCACCUUCCCAAGAGCUGAGGGCUUCCCUGGCCUUUGCUGCCCAUGGCUACAGUCAGUGCCUGAGGCCAGCAGUGUGGCCAGGGGAUCCAGGACCUGGGAUCCAGAGCCCUGGGCCGGAACUCAGGAUGGGCAUGGGGGUCGCAGGGGCCCAGCAGCCCACUCUUUCCCUGCCUCCCUUCACCCCUCCCACACUCACAGCUCCAGCCGUCCAGCUGCAGUGGGGAUAGAGUAUGGCUUGGGCAGGUGGGUGGGCGGCUGCACUGGGCCUAUGUCUUGAGCCCAUAGGGAGCCUGCUCCUGCCUCCCCCUGCCCUGCCAGAGGCAGGCCUAUGCGCUGCCUGCCCACCGUGCCCCUUUGUCCCUGUGGCAGGCGGAGGCGGAAGGCCCACCGUGCCAGAGGCCAGGCACCAGCCUUAACCCUCACUCUGCCAGCACCUCUUCCCCAUCCUUGAGGCAGCACAUCAGGCUUAUUCUCCCAUCCCUCAAAGCCUAAGAGGGCAGAACCUCAUCCUGUGUUGCUACUUCUCUGGGAAAUAUGGGUGCAACCCAGGGUUGGGGGUCUCUCUGUUCACCCCUUCCAAACCCAGGAUCCUGACCCCCUUGCCCUCUGGCACAGCUUCUUCCUGCAGAAAACAAAUCUGGUCUCUACCUAAGAAGCCAUGUCCCUUGUGCUGUCUCUUGCCUGUCCCACCCAAACUGUGCCCUGCCAUCCCCUCCCCUUCAGCUUGUAUUUAAAUCCCUGAGCUGCCCCUUGGGUGGGGAGGCCUACUCCCAGGUUCCCCUCUGGUGUUAUGUCAGGCAUUUUGCAAGGAAAAGCCACUUGGGGAAAGAUGGAAAAGGACAAAAAAAAAAAAAAAAAACAAUAAAUCUCACUGGCCCUCCGGUGAGCUGAGGGUUUUUGCAAGGAA